AUGAUGAGUUCUGCUUCUCAGGAAGAGAAGCGGGCUACAGCAGUGGGGCUCCAGUCAGACUCCUCCUCGCUGGGAAAAUGUGUGUGUGAAGGAGGGGCGCUGCAAAAGAGAGGGACACACACACACACACACACACACACACACACACACACACAAUGAAGGGCAGAAGAGGAUACAAUAAGAGGUUGUGUAACCUGCUCUGGGAAAAUAGAGAAAUGGAUGAUGUUUUGCUUUCUCAUGCAUUUAUGGAAAUUUGUGGAGAGUUAAGAGAGGAGAAAAUACAAAGGUAAGAAGUGGUGCAUUUUCUCAUAGCGCUGUUCACAGGGACGUGUGGUUCUUCUGCAGGUCACUGGACUGAAAUAUGAUCUAUGAUGAACUUUAAAAACCUGUGAUGCUGUCAGCCUACUACAAAUGUUUUCUCUAUUUUUAGAAGGAAAUAAUAAUUUAAAAAAACCCCUAAAACCUUUCUAAAUAACAUCCUUCGCAUAGAAGUCCUCUUUAAUAAUAUUUAGGUCGCGUUUAUAUUAUGUCUGUUCAUAUAUCGUGGUACCAAACUUCUGAAUCAGCUCUCAGCCUGGAUAUCUCUGCACCUCCGACAUACAAAUCUUGGAGCACACGACUGUCAAGUCUGCAGUGACCGUACUUGCGGGUGCUUAAAAACUUCCAAAGUGUUUGCUUUCGUGAAAUCGUGUACAGAAAUCUGUUUUCAUGCAUGAAGGUCUCGCUGGAAUAUGACGGCUUGUUGAACACUUCUCUACCAGCAUGGGAAACCUGCUUCAAUGCUGUCUCAGACGUUUGUUCCGGUGUAAGGACAUUCCUGACCAAAUCGAAGAGCAAUCUCCGCUCUUGUCGAGAGAGAACAGUGAUGUUGAAAGUCUCUCUCCAUCAAGGUCUGACAUGCUGGCAUCUCCUGUUUUGGAUCAGGACCACCUCAUUUACCCUGACAUAGUCCUUAGCAGUAGUCAUCGAGCUAACCUGGACAGAGCUGACUUAUCACAGCAGUUAGAGCUUGUUUUACCAGAGAGUGGACAAAACAAAAAACAAAGUAGCGUCAAGGAGGAAUGUCAGGAAGGUUUCGAAGAAGAGGGAAUGCCAAGUACAAGAAUCAGUCAACAGGAAUUCUGCUAUUUGGACAGAAAUCAGCUAUGCAGCACUGAGAAAGAAUGGCCGUUACUGUCUUCCUUACACUCAUGGCCAUCGGAACAAUCAAAUGCCGCAAAUUUUGCUUCUCAGACCAUGAUCUACACACAUGGACAAGGAAGCAGGUAUUGGCAGGCAUCCCCGUGUCAAGGAGUGCAGUUAUUAGCACAGGGAAAUGGAAGCCAAAGACUCAUUUUCUCAGAGCCCAAAUCUGCUGGUACCUUCAGCACACCUUCAUCUGACAGCCUUGGAAAAAUAUCAACACAGACUGAGACUAUCGUUCAAGUAGAUGAAGUUGGGAUUCAAGAUGAGUACAAAGAAGAAACUCAACUAGGAGAAGGAACAGAACAAAUGGAGCUAAACGUGGUACGCCGAGACCAGAAUGUAGCACGACUGGGACAGGAAGUUACACAGAGACCAAAACAUGAGCAAAGUGCGGUAUGUUCAGAUGAAAGUGCAGCACAGCUAGAUGAAGUUGGAGUCAAAAUUAACCUUGACGUAAGCAACCAAAUGGAACAGUGUCCAGUUCAGUCCGGACAAAUUGAAGCACAAUACAGACCGAGCAUAGCGCAGACGGAUGAAAUAAGGCAUGAAACUGAUGUUCUAAUUAGUCAAAAUGGAGAACACAAAGAACCAGGCUUACGGGUUAGACUAAAGACGAGCCCAGAUAUCGAAAGAAACCAAGAUGAGAUCACACAGACCCAACAACUUGUGCUGGAACUGGACUCCAUUCAGACAGAAGCUAAGACUUCAGGACAUAAAGAACAGCACAUAUCUGGGAAUGAACCUGAGUUUGCACCAAACAAGCAAGGUGCAGUAGAGUUAAGAUCUCUUAAUAAAGGACAAGAAAGGGAGAAGUCCGAAGAGCUGGAGCAGGACGAAAUACAUCCAAAUCUGGACCAAGGACCAGAGCAGAACGAAAGGUUUACGCUGUUCGUAGUUGAUAAACUGUUCCUGGCCACACCAAAUAUCGCAGGACCACGUCCAAAUAAUAUCCUCAGUGACCAAACAGAGGUUUCAGAGCUAAACAGGUAUAGUGACAAAGAACUCCAAGCAGAUCCUGAUUCUGUAGAUGCAGACCCCUCUGAGGACAUCGGGUUGACAAUCAGGAUCCAGGUCCCUGGUACUGAACCCACUGACUUCCAGGCAUCACCAUUAGCAAUGGUGCAGGAAAUCAAGCAAGUGUUAAUGGACCGUGAGGAGACCUGUCAUCGUACCUGUUUCUCCCUGCAGUUAGAUGGACAUACACUGGAUAACUUCACUGAUCUGAAAUCCAUCACUGGUCUACAAGAGGGCUCACUUUUGAAGAUAGUGGAAGAGCCAUACACGGUUCGAGAAGUUCGUUUACACCUUCGCCACAUCAGAGACCUGCUAAAGAGCUUGGACCCCACAGAUGCCUACAACGGCAUAGAGGGAAGCUCUCUGUCCUUCCUUAGGUUCUUCACUGAAGAACGUGUUGAAGAGAACAGCAAAUUCAAGAAAAGAGGUGAAGAAUUGAAGCAAUUCAACUGUAGCCCUCCUGAGUACAUUCUUCCAGGGACGAAAGAAUGUUUACUGGGACCCCUGCAGCCUCAAAGUGAGAAUUUGAAGCCCAUCGAAUGCCUGAAGGUGCUGAUGACCAGUAACUGGAACCCUCCUCCAGGAAGCAGAAAAAUACAUGGUGAUCUCAUGUACCUGAAUGUACUUACCAUGGAGGACAGACAGUUCAGCAUUACAGCAUCAACGCGAGGGUUUUACCUGAAUCAGUCUACGACUUACAGCUUUAACCCAAAGCCAGAAAAUCCCAGUAUGCUUAGUCAUUCUUUAGUGGAGCUCCUGAGUCAGAUCAGUCCCGUUUUUAAAAAGAACUUCAGUCUUUUACUCAAGAGAAGAACAUCAACGCAUCCCUUUGAGAGGAUAGGUACUCCGUUGCAGGUGUUUAGCUGGACUGCUCCAGCUCUCAACCAUGCCAUGGACUGUGUUCGAGCUGAAGAUGCCAGCUCUUCGCAACUGGGCUAUGAAGGACACGUGCCUGGACAGGUUUGUGACUGGAACGAGGAGCUUCAGAGCACCAGAGAGCUACCACGUCAGAGCCUCAAAGAUCGUCUGCUGAGAGACAGAGCAAUCUUUAAGGCUAACAGUGACUUUGUGAGCACUGCUACACGUGGUGCGAUGGCCGUGGUCGAUGGCAAUGUGAUGCCCAUCAACCCUAGUGAAGAACCACGCAAUCACAUGUACGUCUGGAACAAUAUCUUCUUCAGCUUGGGCUUAGAUGGACAUGAACACUAUGAGGAGCUGGGUGGUGAGGCUGCGGCCUAUGCCGCCUCAGCCAUUGACCUGAAUGGUGUGAGAGCAUACAGUGCAGUGGAUGCAGACGGCCUGUAUGUGCUCGGUACCGUACUGGUGGAUUAUCGAGGUUAUCGCAUCACUGCCCAGUCGAUUAUCCCGGGAAUUCUCGAGCGUGGCCAGGAGCAGAGUGUGAUCUAUGGUUCCACUGACUUUGGAAAGACUGUUGUCUCUAAUGAACGGUUCCUGAUGCUCCUGGACAAACCCAGCAAGCAUCUGAGAGUGCAGCGGCACCUUGUGCUUAACAAAGACGACUCCGCUGUAGAGUUGUGUUCCUCUGUGGAAUGCAAGGGCAUCAUGGGUAACGAUGGCCGUCACUACAUUCUGGACCUGCUGUUCACAUUUCCACCUGACCUCAACUUCCUGCCUGUGGAAGGCGAGGAGCUCCACACCGAGUGUCAGCAGCUCGGGUUCCCACUUCAACACCCUCAUCGCCUGGUCUGUCUGAGACAAGAGCUAAUCGAGGCAUUUGUGAAGUAUAGAUAUCACUCAUGUAAGAGCACGGCAUCUCAAGGCUUGGAUCAAGAAAGCAACAGCAUCGGAUCUCCUCACAGCCCAGAGGCAGCUGCUUUGCGACUAACGGCGGAUAUUUCCAACAAGGGUGUAGAUAUUCCCACCCCUGACAAGAACAAUUCUCCCUCUCAGACGUCCUCUUUUGAUAUUCGUUUCAACCCUGACAUUUUCUCACCAGGUGUACGUUUUCCGAAGGAAUGUAUGCAGGAUAUCCAGGAACAAAAACAACUUUUAAAGGAUGCUGCAGCCUUCCUCGUCUCCAACCAAAUUCCCGACUUAAUUAAGAGCUGUGUCGAUCAUACCACAAUGCCAAUGGAUGGUUUUACCUUAACUGAGGCCCUCCAUCAACAUGGCAUCAAUGUCCGGUACCUGGGCACGGUACUGGAGUUUAUUGAGAAGAGUCCUCAGAAGACUAAACUGGACCAUGUUUAUAGAAUUGCACUAUGUGAGCUGAUCACUAGAUGUACAAAACAUAUGUUCAGGACAUAUUUAGUAGCUGUGGAGUCAUCUUCCCUCUCUGUCUCAGUCAGCCAUUUCCUCAACUGCUUCCUCAGCUCCCCACCUGAUGUUCUGGGGACCCAGCAGAUGGACAGACUGUCAUCCAAGCGCAGGAGUCGGCGGAGGCGGAGCCGGGGCUCUGUGAGCGGCGAAAUCACAUCUGUGGGAGCGUCAUGGGCCAGCCUGACCUCCAGUGAACUCUGGAGAACUAUCCAGGCUGAGGCUCGGGAGUAUUAUCACUACCGCCUGCCAUGUGACAGUAUAGAGCAGGCAGUGGACAAAUGUGGCUUACAAAGAAUCACCUUGCUCAGAGAGAUCUCCAUCAAAACUGGCAUCCAGCUUCUUAUCAGAGAGUAUCAGUUUGAUGUCAAGCACAGACCGGUGUUCACCGAAGAGGACAUCCUGAACAUCUUCCCCAUAGUAAAGCACGUCAUCCCAAAGGCUAACGAUGGGAUUUAUCUUCUGCACUGUGGCCAGGCCAGCAUCCAGCAAGGAAGCCUGAAAGAAGGCUGUGAGCUAAUCAGCCAGGCCUUGGGCCUGUUCACUAAUGUUUAUGGGGCUCUGCACCAGGAUGUCUGCGUCUGUCUGCGCCUGCUGGGACGCAUUUACUACAUACUCGGAGACUAUGCUGAGGCACUGAGUCACCAGCAGAAAGCUGUACUGAUCAGUGAGAGAGUUCUGGGAAUAGACCAUCCGAAUACUAUACUGGAAUAUAAACAUCUUGGUCUUUAUUGCUUUGCUGGUGGGCAGACAUCCACAGCACUGCGACUGCUCUACCGUGCCCGCUACCUCAUGCUGCUGCUGUGUGGAGAAGAUCACCCAGAAAUGGCUCUACUGGAUAGUAAGAUUGGUCUCAUGUUACAUGGUGUGAUGCAGUGUGAUCUCGCACUUAAGUUUCUGGAGAACGCCCUGGCCUUGACCUCCAAAUAUCAGGGGCCUACCUCGCUUAAAGUGGCACAAGGACAUCACUUGUUGGCAAAGGUGUACGAGAGCAAAGGGGAAUUCCGCUCGGCGCUGAGACACGAGAAGGAGCGCUACAUGAUUUACCGGAACCAGGUUGGAGAAGCACAUGAAAAGACACAAGAGAGCUCUGAGUACCUGAAGCACCUCACGAAUCAGGCUGUAAUUCUGCAGAAGACUAUGAACAUGAUAUACAAAAACCGUUCUGCAUCCAGUAUUACUCCUCUCACUCUCGCCACACCGAGUCGGCUCUGGAUUGUGGAGCAGCUAAAUCUGGUUACUGGCAUUGUCCUUAUCCCACUCAGCAACAAGGAUCUUGAAACUCUUAGGGAUAACACCCAAAAAACAUCUGCUUAAAUGCAAACAGGCCACUUUAUAUUGGUCAGGAAUCGCAGUAGCAUGAUUAUCAGCUCCACCUACUGUCCCGGAGGACCAAUUUUACACAUGCUACAGUAUACACAUUAAUAUAUAUGAGCAUGAUGUCAAUAAGAAAAUUGGGCAUUUUUUUAAUCAAUGAAAGAAAAAGAAAAAAACAUGAUAGGAGAGGAGAAUCAUAAUCCUCUGACACACCAACAUGUGAUGUCUUGAGAUCCUGGUUCUUGACUCAGCAAAAUGUGCCUGCAAAAUAAAUCUGGAUUAUUAUUAUUAUUAUUUUUUUUGUAUUCUAAUAUAAUUAAUAAUGAAUGUCGACCGUAACGUCAUCUCAGUGAUAUAACUGCUUACGAUGAUAUAUGCAUUAUUUUGUAUCUUCAGUCAUAAGAAUGAGCUUUGUAUUUGGAAUAAGGCUACUCAGUGUGAUGCUGUUGCAUGUAGCUGUUUGUUUACGGGGAACGGAAAUGAAGACGCUACUUCCUGCAUUGUGCCACAUGCCAAGUGCUAAUAUAAAUAAAGUUGGAUGUAUUUGAAUCAGUCACUCGGCCAUGUUAUAUGUGAUAUUGACAGUAAUACCAUGCUGAGCGUGAAUACAAUGUGAUUGGAGUUUAGUUAACAAAGUGUUUGUGUAUGCUGUUUUACGAAUGUACUGUUGUAUUGUUGUUUGUAUAUAAUGAUGAUGAUGAUUAGUAGUAGUAGCAUUUUCACAGCCAGUGUCACAACACGAACACAGAAAAAGAAAAAAGUCAGCUGAGUUGUCAGGAAGCUAUAUCUGUGCUCUUAUCUGCAUGCUUUUGCCAGUAAGAAUCCCCUUGAUGGCCAAUGGCAACAUGCCAUGCUUAGCACAUACUUGAGUAUGAUGUUCCAAUUAAAAUAUGUUUCAUUUCUCUGGUAAGUUUCAGACAUGUAACAGACAUCAUCACAUAACGUAUUUACACACUGAUGAACAGGUAAGGUGGCACAGUGGCACAGCAGGUAGUUUUGGUGCCUUGUUUUGUAUGUUCUGCCCAGUUCAAGAGCUUCGGUUAAUGUUCACAUCAGACAUCAAACUCAAGAUCUUGGUGACUUUGGCCAUGGCAUGACUGUUGUGCCGGAUGGUCCCUGAAAUUGCUGCUCUCCUGGGAUUUUCAUCCACAACAGUCUCUAGAGUUUACACAAAAUGGUGCAAAAAGCAAAAAACAUCCAAUGAGCAGCAGCUCCAUGGGCUGAAAUGCCUCGUCGAUGAGAAAGGCCAGGGGCGAACAGCCAGACUUGUUCGAGCUGACUCUAUAGUAACUCAAAUAAACGCUCUUUACAACCGUGGUGAGCAGAAAAGCAUUUCAGAACCCACAACAUGUUGAACCCUGAGGUGGACUGGCUACAAAGACCACAUCAGGUGCCAAGGACAGGAAUCUGAGGAAUCUACUGAAACUGGGCAGCUGAAGAUUGGAAAAAGACCAGUUUGGGUGACUGCAUGAAUGAGCAGGUCUACAGGUGUUCCUAUUAAAUUGGCCAGUGAGUGUAUAUUAAAAAGGAAUUAGGAUUCAAUACAUUUAGCUAAACAACACAAGGGCUGAGCUUACCAUUUGAACUUACCAUGAUGAUAUCGAAGAAUCAGCGUGCAUAGGGCCUACAGUUACGAAGGUGAGUCAAGGCAAGUAAAUAAAGUAUGCUGUGGGUUAUGAAGAUGUGAAAUGUGUAUUUGUAGGGGUGUGGAAUGUUAAGCUGUGUGUAGAGGUCCCCAUGUUGAGAAUCAUGAUGCAUACACAGAAGACCUAUGGUCAGAAACUGAACUAGAGGACAAUUACCCCAAAUGGUGCAUGUGAAAAUGAGCUAUAUUUUCUCACUGUACUCCUACAAGGUGCACCAACAAGGUAGAUAGGUCUGCAAAGUGACCACCUGAUUCAUGACUACAUUCAUACCAGUCACUGCCAUUUCAGUGCUGUGCCAGGAAUGGUCCAAUACUCAAUGUGGGCAGAAGUGGUCCAGUGGUGGUACAAUCAUAAACUGAUUAUUAUUGAUUAGAAUUUAUUAUAAAUUAUGACAGAUAUCAAUAAAUUACAAAUAUCAAAAUUAUUAUCAAAAAACGACAAAACUUUCUGUGUACUGUGUUACUGUGCGUAAUGUACCUAAUGUGCUCUGUCUUGUGUUAUUUUCACUAGCACGUGUUAUAUGUUUACACCUGAGGCUAACUACAUUUCGUUAUACUGCACACCCCUGUAUAUGUACGAUGACAAUAAAGUUGAACCGAAACGAU